UUUAAAGCCGGAGUUCAUCUCUAUUUAAUUCCCUGUCGUUGACGUUCCUUACCUCAUAUAUCGAGCGUUGGUUUCAAGCUUUCCCCUUGGCCCUCUCUCUCUCUCUCUCCUCUCCCGCGCUUUAUCUCUCUAGAUCCCUCUCCAAAAGCUGCCCCCAGGGAUCCACCGCCAAAAAGAAAAAUGGGGUUGACAUUCACCAAGCUUUUCAGCAGGCUUUUUGCCAAGAGAGAGAUGCGUAUUCUUAUGGUUGGUCUUGACGCCGCUGGUAAGACCACCAUUUUGUACAAGCUCAAGCUUGGAGAGAUUGUGACCACAAUUCCUACCAUUGGCUUUAACGUUGAAACUGUUGAGUACAAAAAUAUCAGCUUCACCGUGUGGGAUGUCGGUGGCCAGGACAAGAUUCGCCCAUUGUGGAGGCACUAUUUCCAGAACACGCAGGGUCUCAUUUUUGUGGUUGAUAGCAACGACAGAGACCGUGUUGUUGAGGCAAGGGAUGAAUUGCAUCGCAUGUUGAAUGAGGAUGAGUUACGAGAUGCAGUGUUGCUUGUAUUUGCUAACAAACAAGAUCUUCCUAAUGCGAUGAAUGCUGCUGAAAUUACUGACAAGCUUGGCCUCCACUCUCUCCGACAGCGUCACUGGUACAUCCAGAGCACCUGUGCAACCUCUGGGGAGGGUUUGUAUGAGGGGUUGGAUUGGCUCUCCAACAACAUUGCUAACAAGGCAUGAGGUAACACUGAAUGUUAUUGCGGGGUGAUCCUGGAUGCAGCGUGGUUUUUAUCUAGUCUCUUUUUCCUUUUUCUUCCUCCCCUCUCUCAGACAAUGUGUGGUUGGUUAUGAAUUUCAUAUUUCGAAAGGCAUUUCACUUUCUGUUUAGGAUUUUGCAAUGGCCAUGGCUAAUGCAAUGGUUAGUGGGAUAUAUGUACUUUUGCAAACGUUGUUUAGGUUUGAAUAUAAAAUGCUUGUAACUGUAACUGAGACUAAUUUGAUGUUGAAAGACAUCCCUUUUGAGAUAGUUUAAUACAUAUUAUUGGGUUCUGUUUGCCUUUGUUUUA